AGAAAUAAUUAUAAAAACAAUACGUAAUAUUGAUAUGGAUAAGAUAUUUAUAAAUUUUAACAACCACGUUAAUGAGUUAGACGUUUUCGAAAAUCACAAAUAUUAUUUAAUUAAAUUAAUUAUAGAAUGUUAUAUACAGAUUCUUAUGAAUUAUGAAGGGAAAUUAAUGAGCCAAAAUAUUGAGUACAUCAGACAUCAGUUUACAAAAAUUAUUUUAUUCAAAGGAAUGAAAAGUGCGAUGAUAGUUCUAAUAAUGGCCGUGUUUGGUACUGGCGGCGCUGCAGAUGUUCAUAGAUGCCCAAAGUCAUUGCUAGCAGUCCAUAGUUAUAUAGUCAAAGGUUACGACCGGAUGUUCAGUACUGGCAGUGAAUUUCGGGACACAGUCAUAAUACGAUAUCCAAUAGGAGAACAGCUGUCUAAUAGAGAAUUGAAUUCUCCAUUGGAAAGCUGCUCUCCGUAG